UACAACAGUGCAUUAAACUUGGCAACAUACAAAGACAAGCUAUGGCCAAAAGGAAGGGUACCAUACGUGCUCGAAGAUGGAAUGACCCAGAUGCAAAGGGCAGCUAUCGCUCAAGCUUUCGAUGAAUACAGAGACAAAACGUGCGUACGAUUUGUGCCCAAGGAUGAUGCCGAUCCUGACUACAUAUACAUUAAGAGAAACACAGCAUUCGGAUGUUCGUCAUAUGUUGGUCGAGCUGGAGGCAAUCAAACAGUUUCCUUGGAGGUAGAUAAAUGCUUUGCAAAGGGAAUUAUUGCGCACGAACUGAUGCAUACAAUUGGAUUUUUUCAUGAACAUUCGCGCACCGAUCGAGAUCACUACGUGGAUAUCAUCGGGGACAACAUUCGACCCGGAAUGUUACGAAAUUUCGAGAAAUAUUCAAGAAAAGUUAUCGAUUCGCUGGGGAUGCCGUACGAUUACGAUUCUGUCAUGCAUUACCAUAGACUUGCAUUCUCAAGGAAUGGGAAAUCCACAAUUUUGCCAAAGGUGAGCGACUCAUUAUUGCAAGCAAGUUUUUACCUCUCAGGAUUUAGCAUGGAAUCUUAACC